UCAUAACACAACAGAAUUGUUUUUACUUUGGUCGCACUUCGCAGUUUUUUGAGUGGAUAUUAAAUUAUGAAUAUUGUUUCUAAAUAAACAUAGAACAAAACUUUAAAAUUUAAUACAAUGAAACAUAAAUAAAAAUGUAGCUAAUUAUUUCUACUAAAUACUUCUUAACUAAUAGUUCUAUGUAUAGUAAAACUGAUAAUUUUAUUUAUCUGAGACUUCCAAGGGUAGAAGAUGAAGUUUUCAUUUCAACACCGUGCUUUUUACUGCUACAUUGGGAUGAGCAUUUGGAUUUUCUUUCUGAUUACCGUGGUAUACAAAUACAUAACAAUAAAUGAUGAUCCUGUAGCUGUAAAGUUAGAGCACAAUGAAUACACAUUUAAAAUUGAUACCAAAUAUAGAAGGAUUUUCCAUAGGGCAUGUAAUCCCCCUGAAGAUAUUGUGAGGGGUUCAGAAGGUCUGGUAGAAAUUGAUUCAUGGUUAUUACAAGGAGUUCUUGUUAUAACUAGGCAUGGGGAUAGAGGUCCACUCACACAUCUUAAGGGAGGUGACAAGUUACCAUGUGAUAAUGUGCCAGUUUCAGCAUUGCUGCGAAGUUAUGAAGAGUUUGUGCUCAACGCAAGUUCAUUAGGCCGUGCUUGGUGGGUAGCUGGUCCUGGACCCUUUCAUAACUUCCCGUCAUUACCUCGUACUGCAACAACUCACUGUGCCCUCGGACAACUGACACCUAAGGGACUCUUGCAAAUGAUUACUGUGGGUAAUAUUUUACGUGAGGCAUAUGGUGAAAAGCUUAGUUUGGACAACAUGGAGUUAUCUGGGAAGAAAGAUGCAGGUGGUAUAGCGUAUAGUACGCGUUAUCGCCGCACAUUUCAGUCUCUUCAGGCGUUAUCUUGGGGAGGGACGAGGGGUGCCGCAGCAGCUCGCGAAGCCCACAGUGUUGCCUUCUGCUUUAGGCACUGUGCCUGCAAUGCUCAUCAUACACUUGCCAAAAAAAUAAGUAUGCAAGCAAAAACCAGACUAGAAUCCCAUCCAAAAAUUAAAGAGCUAAUUAAAAAGCUAUCCAAAGUAUUAUUCGAAUCUCAAGAGUACACAGAUGCCGAUGUCGUACGAGACGCUCUUUUAGCUUACAUGUGCCACGAUGCACCUCUCCCCUGUUCACAAACAAACAAAAAACUAAAUAUUGACAAAGAAAGGAAAUUUCGUUCGGAAACACUCAGGAAUCUUCUAGAAGUUGACAUUGAUACACUGAACAUGGAGUUGGAUUAUAUUAACAAUCAACUAGACUUUAACAACGAAAUCGGUAGAAAAGCGCGUGACAUAAUCAAACCAUUUGACAGGAAUAAGCAACCCCUAGACUUUGACGCUCAAAUGGAGAGAGAAAAAUUGCUGUACUACCAACAACGCUAUCUAGAUACCGACUAUGAUGACGUGGUGAUUGUUAAAAAGAAUCUAGACGCAGAUUUCAAUUUCCCAAACGAGCAAGAUUUUGACGAAGAAUAUCGAGAACCGACGGAUUCGACUGAACAAUUUUGCGUCAGGAAGGAACAUAUAAUAUCGCUUUUCGCGUAUUUGGAGUGGAGUUACCGUCAAGAUGUUAAAGAUGUUAAUAACAGACGAAGAAGUUUGCUAAUCGCAUAUGGUUUAAUCCAUAACAUCGUGCAGAAUAUGAUUAGAAUGAUCUCAGAGAAUAAGCCAAAGUUUGUCGUUUAUUCUGGACAUGAUAAGACACUACAAGCGAUGAUUCUCGCUCUAGGUCUUAAUAACUAUCAGCAUUACAACAUACAGUAUGCCAGUCGGAUGAUCUUCGAAGUGUAUAGGAGGAAAGAUUUGAUGGACGAAUUUAAGUUUACUAAAAGGAAAGCUGUUGCCCAGGAUUUUUACUUCCGCGUGGUGUAUAACGGCGAAGAUGUUACGGAUGAGAUUGGGUUCUGCAAAAGUACAAUAGUUAUGAAGGUAGUGGAUCCAAUUGAUGAUAGGCGAACGUAUAAUACAUAUCUGUGUCCAAUUGAAAGUAUUGUUAGGUUUAUACACGAUGAUUAUUUCGCUGGUUUCAAUGUUAGUAAUUAUAAAGACGCGUGUGCUACGUAUGGGAAGCGCGUUUAGCAAGUUCAAAGUAUGUAAAGUAAGUCGAAUUAUAGUAAUUUUAUACCUUAGGGUUUUAAAGCAUUUAAUUAUACAUAGGAACACGGAGGAAUCAUUGAAUUAGGUUAAUGAUAAAAAUUUGUUGGAUCUCUAACAUUUUUGACAGCACUCAAGAAUUUCUGAUCUUUAGUUUGAAGAGUAUAAAUUCAGUCUGCAGAAAGAGCAUAUCAGUUACUUAUAUAAUUCUUAUAUGUAUCAAAUUUUCAUAUUUUACAACCAAGAACGACCCUCGAAUUGUCCACUAUGUGGAGCCAACUGUUGUAUUUUCGAAACAAUUCCACUUAGGGUCCUUCAAGAAAAGAGCGUACCAAUUCUUAAAAGGACGGCAACGAUUAUUAAAAGAUUAGUCUAUGGUUUUUUAACCGUAUUUAACUUCUAAAAUUGAACUAGGUAAUUCAAUUUGUUUCUUAGGUUUUACCUCAAUGUACAAUUAAUGGCUAAAAGUAGUGUACAUAUCACUUAGUACUUAAUGUUAGGAAUUUAAGACUGAUUUUGUUUAACAAUUUACGAAUAAGUUUAGCUACAUUGUGAUAGUACAUAUUUAAUUUAUAUUUAUUAGCAAUACAUUAAAAAAAACAUUCCCUUUUUGACUCCGAAAUGGAAUGGAAAAUAGUUUUUUUUACAUUAAUAAGUUAUUUGGCGUUUGAAAUUAAAACUUAAAAGUAUCCAACAAGAAGGAAUUAUUCAAUUCGCUCUUAUAAUAUAAAAUGUCAUAUAAUGUAACAUUCGAAUUGUAACAGUAACAAAUGUCUUUUGUACCACGUAUUGACACAUGUAAUUGCACAAAAUGACAGUUUCUAACGAUUGUAAAGCUGUCAUUUUAACAUGUCGGAAUAAAAAUCUAUCUGUUAAUGUUGACAAGCAACAGCCAUAGAGCAUGUCAAAAUUAUUUGUGUAUAAACAAAACUCAAGAUGUUUUAAGGACCUACAGUAAUUUUAACAUCGUUUCGUUGUCGAAUAUUACUUAUGGUUGCAAACAAGUGUCAACUUUAGAAAUUCAAAGUUGAUUUAUUUUGUCGUAUUUUACAAAAAAAAUGACUGAACAUUAAUAAAAAACAAUUGAUGCUUAAGUUGUGCAUGAGUUUUCUACUUUUUCCAUAAUUAUGUGUAAAACAGGGGUUUUACAGUCGAUAACGAAAAUUCGUUAAAAUGACUAGGUUCUUAAGGUGACGAUCACAGAGACGCGAGUUAGAGAUUUUGACAGAUGGGAGUCAUUAAUGGUGAGAUUCAGAAACGAGAUUUAGCUCUUAAUGUGCCAUAAACGUAUUAGAUUUUCGUAACCUCGUUUCUGAAUAUUCGAUCUGUGGCGUCUUCCGUCUCUGUGUCAGUAUCAUAUAAGAUCUCAAAGUAACAUGAAUUUCCAGCAUAAGAUUUGCAUCAGUAUUAUGAUAGUUAUAUGAGGAAUUCGAUUUUAUAAUAAUAUAAUUUUAUUUAUUUUAAA